AUGAUCAUUUUAAUUCUACUCGUUACUGUAUUUGUUUUUCUCCUUUUCAACCUAUUUCGAAGAAGUCGACGUCUUCCACCUGGACCCACACCGCUUCCAUUGAUUGGGAAUAUUCAUCAACUCGUAUAUCAAUCAUGGAGAGGAAAAGGAAUCGUUGCUGCAUUGGAUUACUUCAGAAAGAAAUAUGGAAACGCGUACACUAUCUGGUUGGGUCCAAUGCCUACCGUCAACAUCACUGAUUAUGAGAUGUCUCACGAGGUGUUCAUUAAACAUGGAAAGAAGUGUUACGAUAAACAAUUGGCACCAAUAUUGGAACAUAUUUCAGGCGGACGUGGACUCUUGUUUGCAAAUGGAGAAAAUUGGGCAGAAAUGCGAAGAUUCACGCUAUUGACUUUCCGUAGAAUGGGAGUUGGAAGUGGUCUGAUGGAAAAAAGAAUCAUGGAUGAACUCAAUGGAAGAUGUUCCGAGCUCGAUUCAGAAAUUUUGAAAAAAGGGAAAGCAAUAGUGUCCGCAGAAUUUAUCAAUUUAACAGUGGGAAGUGUCAUAAACAGUUUUCUAAUUGGGAAGAGAUUUGACGAAGACACAAAACAUGAGUUUUUGAAACUCAAGCAACUAUUUGACGCUUCUGGGGAAACUUUCAACGUAUUCGAUCUGAAUGUUCCAGUAUGGUUUUUGAAAUGGUUCUUCCCAAAAAGAUUCAGAAUGACUUGGGAUUCAAGUGAGAAUAUCAUUAACCACGUCUCCAAAGAAGCCGUCGAGAGAUUGAGAAAACUGAAUUCUGGAGAAUACGAAAUUGAUUCAGAGGAACCGAACGAUUACGUUGAUUGUUAUUUGGCGAAAAUGAAAGAGGAAAUGGCUAAAGGAGCAGAUGGACACCCAGCGUAUACUAUGGAAUCACUGAAACUCGUACUCCAUGAUCUGUGGCUUGCUGGACAGGGAACAACAGCUUCCACUCUCUACGUCGGUUUGACGAAACUAGUCAACCAUCCAAAUAUUCUCCUUAAUAUCCGCAAAGAACUGCAAGAAGUGACUCAAAAAUCUCGAGAUUUGACGCUUCAAGACCGACCGAAUACACCGUAUUUAAACGCAGUUAUUGCUGAAAUUCAACGACAUUCUUCGAUUCUCAACAUGAACUUUUGGAGGAUUAAUCACGAGACUAUCAAAUUCCAAGGAUAUGAAUUAGAGCCGGGAUGUAUGUUGACUGCUCAACUCGGAGCACUUCAUGUCAAUGAUGAGAUCUACGAAGAUACGGAAAAAUUCGAUCCAGAGAGGUUCCUGAAAGAUGAGAAGAGUAUUCAACAGUUGAUUCCAUUCGGCAUUGGAAAGAGAUCGUGUAUUGGAGAACAGAUUGCAAAGUCGGAGUUGUACUUGGUUUUUGGAAACAUUCUUCUCCGAUAUGAUGCUAAAGCUCACGGAGCAACUCCAACAAAUGGAGAUAUCUUUCCGUAUAGUGCUGCCAAAUUUCCAGACGCUUCAGGAAAAUUUGAAUUCUUUAAACUGUGA